AUGCCGGAAUCCGCCAAGACUUUGAGGCCCCCGAGCAUUGUGGGUCUCACCCUUGCGAGUCACGCCAACGCGAAGACCGCCCUCGCUGUGCUGAACAAUAUUGUCAAGGCAGAGAAGGACCAUGAUAUUGAGAAGGUCGUCCACUACAUCACCUUCCAAGCCCAGCUGCAAUCGGCGGCCAGCAAGUCGGUGCUCAUCCCAGCGAUCAAGGAAGAAGAGGAUGGGGAGUCGCUGGCAAAGAGCCUGGUAGAUCAGUGGGAGAAGGUUGACGCACAGAUUAAGGCUCUAGACAAGAUCAAGAAGCACCUUUCCAAUCCCGAGUUCACCAAGGUUCUUGCUGCAUUUCAAGAGGCGCUGGAGGCUGCCUAUUCGGACGAGCACUCUGUGCUCAAGAAGCUGGCCGACUCCAAAGAGGAGGAUGUGUUGGAGGAGCAGGCAAAAAGGGCUGAGUCUGCCAAGCAGGACGUAAAUCUGGACACUGCAGCUGCGUGA